CCAGAAUCCAAUCCAAUCCGGUCGCUGCUCGCUCCUCCCUCCCUCUCCUCUCUUAUCCCCUUCCCUUCUUCCUUCCACCCCUCCUCUCCCAUUCCCUCUCCUCCCCUCGCGCAUGGCCUCCUCCAUCGCCAUGUCCCUCCUCUCCCUCGCCGCCACCUCCUCCGCCUCCCUCCCCAAGCCCACCCCCUCCUCCACCCCCGCGCCCUUCCUCGUCCUCCUCUCACCCACCCCGCCCCGCCUGCUCCACCUCCGCUCCGCCCGCCGCCUGCCCCUCGCCCCGCUCGCCGCCUCCGACUCCUUCGAGUCCUCCGCCGCCGUCGACUUCGCCGAUCCUGCCGCCGCCGAGGACCAGGUGUCCGAGGACGAGGGGGACGUGUUCGCGCCGGAGGAGGAGGCGGGGGAGGGCGACGACACCGUGGAGGUGGAGGCCUCCGCGGCCGUCCAGGAGGAGGUCGCCGAGGAGGAGGCGGCCGCGGAUGACGGGGAGGCCGACGAGGAGGUCGGCGAGUACGUCGAGCCGCCCGAGGAGGCCAAGGUGUACGUCGGCAACCUGCCCUACGACGUAGACAGCGAGCGCCUCGCCCAGCUCUUCGAGCAGGCCGGCAUCGUCGAGGUCGCAGAGGUCAUUUACAGCAGAGAAACAGAUCGGAGCCGUGGAUUUGGGUUUAUCACCAUGAGUACUGUUGAGGAGGCUGAGAAGGCUGUGGAGAUGUUCAAUCGCUAUGAUGUCAAUGGAAGGCUUCUGACUGUAAACAAGGCAGCUCCUAGGGGCUCUCGUGUGGAGAGACCUCCCAGACAAUUUGGGCCUUCUUUCAGGAUUUAUGUGGGUAAUCUGCCUUGGCAAGUGGAUGACUCCAGAUUGGUACAAUUGUUCAGCGAGCAUGGUAAAGUAGUCGAUGCUAGAGUUGUGUACGACAGAGAAACUGGGCGUUCACGGGGAUUUGGUUUCGUUACAAUGGCGACACAGGAGGAAUUGGAUGAUGCUAUUUCCGCCCUUGACGGACAGAGUUUGGAUGGCCGUGCCCUGCGUGUGAACGUUGCGGAGGAGCGACCGCGACGAGGUUUCUAAUGAGGAGAUGGACAGCAGGCAGGCUAGGAGCAUCGUAGCGCGUCUGAUGCUGGCUUAGAGCCUCAUUCUCUAUCUGGGUUCUCGAUCAUCCCGUCCCCUCCUCUUCACUUGUGUUUUGUCACCUAUUGGUUGUGGCCGUGAGCUGAUGUAUUGUAGGCUGUUGUUAUGAUGCGCCUAGCUCAAUUUGUCGAAGCAAUUCAAAAGUUUUGUCUGACAUAUCUUCUUCAGUAUAAUCCAAUCCGUAUAAACAAGCA